AUGACAUGUGGUGGACGGUGUGUUGGUUCUCUGUCCCUCGUUGGCCUCUUGAUAGCCAUCGCGGUAUCUGCUGACACACAAUGCAGACAAGAAACGAGUGUAGGUGGAAUGGCUCUGCAGGGAUUUUUCAUCAAGAAGUUCUCAGUUACAGCCAUCCAUGAGUGUGACAUCAGCUGUGAACGAAAGACCAGGUGCCAGAGUUAUAAUGACGUAAUCGGAGAAAAGUUUUGUGAACUGAAUAACCGAACCAAAAAGGCAAACCCUGUGAAUUUCCUCGCAGACUCUACUCGGUUUUACCAAGUAGGUAUCUUUGGCAGAGGUACGUAAUGUGCUUUAAGUGAAAGCUGCUAUCACAGUUCUGUAUAACUAGAAAAAUUAAUAGCUAAGGCUUGUAACAUUUUCUCUCUUUUCUAUCACAGCUUCUCUGGGAUCUAUUCCAGAACUGCCUGCUGUGUCGUGUCAGGAAAUAAUAGCGAGUGAAAGCAAAGCCGUCAUCAGCAAACAAUACUGGUUGGAUCUAGGUGGAUCUGAGAAGGCCGUGUUGGUUUAUUGCGACAUGGGAAUGGAAGGUUUUUGUCCAAACACUUGACUGAUUUGCUUUUUCAUCGUAUCUUCAUUUUCUUUUGUGUUUCUAUUCUCUCUGUUUGUAGCCAUUAAUGUAUGCAGUCCAAUUUCGAGUUACAUCUCUUCAAACAGAGCUAACCACCUUUUUUUUUUCCUGGAUAUCGAUGAGUGCACCGCCGGUACUCACGACUGUUACGAGAAUGCCGGCGCUUACUCGGUAUCAACACUGUCAGCUCUUACAUCUGUAUGAGUAAGCAGAGAUGUUAAUUAGAAAUGUAUGACUUUUAAUUAAUGAACUUGAAGUGAUGCCCUUGUAAAGAGAGAUACACUUUGAUUGAUUGUCUUGUUCGGGUAGAUCGCCAAACAUUUGGAACCUUUACAAAGCUGGUAAAACAAUAGGCGGUGUUUACACCAUUAAACCUGAAAAAAGGUCUGCUCUUGAUGUACUUUGUGACCAAACAAUAGCUGAUGGAGGAUGGACUGGGAUCCUGAAAGAGACUGGACAACUCGGUUGA